AUGACUGUCUUUGACCAGGUCUACUUGCUCACACGAGAAGAAAAAGAAGAGACUGAAUCUAAUUUCUAUUUUUUAAUUAUUACUGAGACCGGCUGCAAGGUCACUGAUAUUAUUUAUAAGUUAAUGGAAGCUGGCAUGACAGUACCCCUAAGAUCCCGCCUAAGUAUAGAUGCAGGACUGUGGUUACAAGGUGGCCUCAGGUAUCUGGUUAGACUAUAUGGCCUGGCAUAUGACCAUAUCAUCGGGCCUGUGCUAGUCAGCAUGAAAUCUGGCGAGGUCUUCUGUAUAGGCUGUGUACCCAGUCAGCAUUGGCCGGACGGUGCCGUACGCCCAAAUAACGAGAUUAAUCUUUUAUGGGCAAUCAAAGGGGCAGGAACUAGUUUUGGUAUUAUAAUCAAUAUUAUCUUCAGGACUCAUGUAGUAUCUAUCUAUAUAAUCCGAAACUGGGUUCUUCCGCUGAGUGAUGAUUCUGAGAAGCAGUACAAGAUUCAAGAUUUUAACAACUUUAUUACUGGCAAGCUCAGCCAGAAUUAUUCAGCAGAUGUAUAUCUUUACUAG